CGUGCUGCCCGAGCGUUGCUACCCGGUGCGUGUUGGCGGAACUGCUUCUUCCGGCAGCCCCGCGUGGACGAUCGUCCGCGGGCAGCCGCGUGCAGGAGCCAAAUAGCACUGCUGCCCACCGUUUGCGUGCCGACCGAGGCUAGUAGCUCUAGGAUCUAACACGCCGACCCAUACGCUGUCCGGGAUCGAGCGAGCCUUCUCCGCGUGCAGCGAUAGCUCGGAGCGCUAAAAUAGUCGGGGUGCCGAGAUGGUGCCGCUCUGCAUAAGGCCACUGCCAUUUGCUCUCGUGCCCCGUGCACGGCGCCCAGCGGCCGGCCUGCCAGUGAGGACGUCGCAUCGGUGCCACCGCUCCACCGCGACGUCGCAUCGGCGCCAGCACGACGACGCGGGCAGCGAAACCGACGGCAUGGCCGGGCAGCCAGCACAAACGCGCCGCUUCCGCGUGAAGCCGCGCGGCGCCGUCGUGCGCGCGGGUUCCACGCUGACGAGCGCCGUCGUCGGCGAGCUCGACGGCGGCGCGAUUGUCGUAGCAGCCGCGGCGCCGGACAAAACAGGCCGCGUCGCGGUACAAACGCCGCUCCGGGGCUUCGUCUCCCGCAAAGUUUUGAUACCGUACGGCACGGGCCACGCCGUCCCGCAACAGCUAAAACCGAAGCCUAUCGUUGAACGGACGAAGACCGUCACCAUAAAGUCGCGCGCCGAUUUGAGGGCCUUCGUCCGCCACAAGGAACAGGAGGCGCGCCGCGACGCUGGGCUGCGAGAUGAAGGAUUUGUCUACAACACAAACGACCCCUACGAGCGCUGGGUUUCAAAACACAAGCACGGCGCCGACCCGUGUGCGCCGAAGACGCGUGUCGCGUACGCGUCGUAUUUACAUCAGCAAGGGUCGCUGGACGACGCCCUUCAACACUUAACGACGGCGCUGGUCGACGAGCCGCGGUCCACGAAAGCGCGGCGGCUGUUUGACGAAGUUUCUCAAGAGAUUAAAUUGAGGGACGCCGCGCGCGACGCGACUCUAAGUAAUGACGAGCGAGCUUUGAGGCUCUGGAAGCGUAGUGAUGAGUGCUAUGAAAGGGGCGACGCGCGCACGGCGCUGGCGUUGUAUGGGUGCCUGCUGGAUAGCAUGUUGGGUGAGACGUCUUCAUCAAUACGGCUCGUCGACGGGGAGUCCAUUGAAGCUCCAGGGAGACCCUUCGACGCGGGCGAGGCGUCCAAGCUGCACCACGCGCGGGCGGGCUGCUUCGCCAAGCUGAAGAAUUGGGAGGACGCCGAGGAGGAGUCGCGACGCGCGUUGGAGCUCGAACCCGCAUCCAUCAUAUACCGGAGGCGCCUCGCCACGACGUUGGAUAAGGCCGGCAAGUGGGGCGCCGCCGUCUGCGAGGCGCCGCGCGGCGAUCGCGUUUUCGAGGCGCGCGCGCGCGUUUUUGAACAGCGCGCGAUGCUUAGGAAUGAUCGAGAGACGCGGGCCUACGCGAACGACGUCGCCGCGUCGGAGUGGUUGGAACUGGUCAAGGCCGACGAGGGCAACCCGCUGGUGACCGGCGCGAACCCUUUCCAGGGUCUGUCGCGCGACGAGCUGCGCCGCGAAUUGGAGACAAGAAGGGAGCGUAGAAAGGCGCAGGAGGCCAUCAACGCCGCUUUAGAUGUUGAGGACGACCGGCGCGUCGCGGCCUGUGCUGUCAGAUUGUGUGCGUCGACGUUCAGGACGCGCCUGCGCAAGCGCUUCACGUCGCCGCUGUUGGUUGUGGCGGACAAAGGUAUGAAAUUGGAGCAGACGGCGAGUGAUGUGGGAGGGUGCUCCCUGUCGCGGGACCCCCUCCCGUCGAGUGGCGUCCACGCGUUUUGCGUCUACCUCGACGGUGCGGUGGGCGAUUUGAGAAUCGGCCUCGCGGCGGAGGGCUGCGACUUCACGCGACCGCUCGGUGAUGACGGCAAGGGCUGGUGCGUGGGCUUUUCUCCGCACGGCCUUGUCGUGGGCCACCGGAAGCGGCAGCGCGACCUCUUGCAUAGGGGCAAGGCCGUGCCUCAGCUCCAGGCCCACGACUGCCUGGGCGUGGUCUGGGAUGCGGACGCCAAGAUUCUGGAUUGCUACGUGAACGGCGUUUACAGGGGCGCCGCGUUUACGGCCAUGGACUUUCCCGCCGUUUGUAUUGAUGGCGACGGCGAGGAGAUGCCCAUGCCUUCACUCUAUGCGGCGGUGUCCUACGGCACGGAGUGCAAGGACGCGGGCGCUUGUAAAUUUGUGUGCGGGCGCGUCGACGCGAUGGAGCGCAUUGAGCGACUGGCGGCCAUCGACCGCUUGACCAAGGGCCGCGGCUACGGCGAAGGAGGCAAGCGCUUCGCGCUCGUGACGGAAAGUGGGGAGAGGCACCGGAAGAUGGACGCCCAGAAGAUGAAAUUUGGUUUAACAAGGAUCCACACCAAGGGCGUCGAGGACGCCGUCUGGGUGCAGACGGACCAGUGCCGCUGGACUCAAAGUGUUCAAACCGUGACGCUGAUUGUGUCGCACUUUCCUGGACAUAGUGUGGAGGCUCAGGACGUCGAUGUGGUGUUCAAGCAGCAGUACCUGAAAAUAAGCCACCGCGUCACGGCACAAGUCUACCUCGAGGGCGCCCUGCACCGGCCCAUUUUGCCUGCCGAAAGUUUGUGGUACAUUGAUGAAGGUGUUCUGGAGGUUGUGCUGGCGAAGGACUUGGCCCUCUACCAUUCGCAGUCGGUCGUCGAGCUCAGCGCGUGGCCGCGGCUCUUCGAGUUCGACGACGACUUGUCGGAUGGGGACAUGGAGCACGACCAGACGGACUUGGAUCCGGAGCGGAAGCGCCGCGACGAUUUAGCACAAUUACGGUCGUCGCAGCAGGCGAAGUACGAGCUCGCGAAACGCGCGGCCGUCGAGGCGUCUGGCAAAGAAUGGCACUGGGUCCACCGGGACGGUGAGAUCGAGCCGUCCUACGCCGUCGCGGGCGAAAUUGGGUAUGACGUGCCGUGCGAUCGCGACGCUGCGCUGCUCGCGUCGGGCGAGCCGCGGAUGAUGCUGGGGGCGUGAGUGUAGUUUUCUGGUGCUGUA